AUGGGAAGCAAACAACACCAAAAGCCUCAUGUGAUCUUGUUAAGCUUACCACUAUUAGGCCAUGUUACUCCAUUGGUCCACUUAGCUCUCAAACUUGCAUCCAAAGGCUUUACCAUUUCCUUCAUUGCCUCUCUUUCAAUCCACCACCAGAUCACAGCCACUGCCAAAACCAACCGGACUGAAGAUAUUUUCUCCGCUUUUCAGGAUCUGGGACUCGACAUCCAUCUCACCACCGUGUCCGAUGGCCUUCCUCCUGAUUUUGAUAGGUCAAACAACGGAGAACAGUUCGCGGUCGCCAUCAUGCGGGUCUUCCCUACGCACGUCGAAGAGGCGGUUAAAGAGAUCAUCGAUUCAGGUCCUCCAGUGAGUUGUUUGGUUGCUGAUACUUUCUUAUCUUGGGCACAGAGUCUGGCAAAGAAGCAUGAACUUCUUUAUGCUUCUUUCUGGACAGAAGCAGCAACCGUUUUUACCCUUUAUUACCAUAUGGAUCUUUUGAGUUCAAAUGGCCACAUUGAUUGCAAAGACAGGCGGGAGGAUGUGAUCGACUACAUUCCGGGUGUUGAAUCAUUUCCACCCAAGGACUUAAUGUCAAAUUUUCAACAGGCAAGUCCAAUGGUGCCAGGGGAAAGAGCUCUCUACAAGGCGUUAAUCAUAGGUGUGAAGUCAGCAGAUUUUGUGCUCAGCAACAGCAUACAAGAGCUGGAACUCCAACCAACACUAGCCCUACAACAGAAAUUGCCAUUUUUCGCUAUCGGACCUUUGCUUGAUUCUGAUUACAAGAAGGAAUCUGAGCCUGACUGUUGUACUUGGCUUGACAGCAAGUCUCCUGGCUCAACUUUGUAUAUCUCGUUUGGAAGCUAUGCCCAUGUUAGUAAAUCCGACAUUUCUGCCAUAGCUCACGGUCUUAAAUUCAGCCAAGUCUCGUUUGUUUGGGUGCUUCGUCCUGAUAUCGUGAGCCCUGAAGAUACUGAUCCAUUGCCUGAUGGGUUCAGAGAAGAGAUUGGAGACCGCGGCAUAAUUAUACCAUGGUGUUCCCAGAAAGAAGUUCUGAGCCACCCUGCCAUUGGGGGUUUUCUAACUCACUGUGGCUGGAACUCGAUUCUGGAAAACCAACUCCCGAAUCGAAAAUUAGUGGUUGAUGAUUGGAAGAUAGGGAUGAAUCUAUGCGACAAUACGGCGGUUACUGAGAAGGAAGUUUCUGAGAAAAUUAACCUUCUGAUGAACAGGGAGGAUGAUGAACAUAAUAAGCUCAGAGAUGCAAUCAAGAAACUGAAGACUACACAGGAGAAGGCCCUGGCUGGUAAUGGAUCAGCAGUUAAAUACUUGGGUCAUGUUACUCCAUUAGUCUACUUAGCAAUCAAACUUGCAUCAAGAGGUUUUACCAUUUCCUUCAUUGCCUCUCACUCAAUCCACCACCUGAUAGCAUCCAAAGCCGAAAACAACAUAUUCUUAGAAUUUCAAGAUCCAAGGCUUGACAUUCAUUAUAUCUCCGUGCCUGAUGGUCGUCCGCUUUACUUUGAUAGGUCAAACAAUGAAGAAGAGUUCAUAACCGCCAUUAUGGAAGUCUACCCAGUCCAUGUCGAAGAGGCUAUUAAAGAAAUCAUCGAUUCAGCAUCUCCAGCAGUUACUGUUUUUAGCCUUUACUACCAUAUGGAUCUUUUGAGGUCAAAUGGUCACUUGGAUUGCAUAGACAGGAGAGAAGAUGCAAUUGACUACAUUCCAGGUGUUGAAUCCUUUCCAGCUAAGGGUUUAAUGUCAAAUCUCAAACAACAAGGCCUGAUGACUACAGAGGAGAGGAUUCUCUACGAUGCAUUAAUGGUAGGAAUAAAGUCAGCCGAUAUUGUGUUUGCCAACAAUGUGCAAGAGAUAGAACUCCAGCCAGCUAUCGCCCUAAAACAAGAACUGCCUUUUUUUGCUGUCGGACCCCUGAUUGGAUCUGGGAUCAAGAAGAGGUAUGAGUCCGAAUGCAGUAAUUGGCUUGAAAACAAGCCUCCCGGCUCAACUUUGUACAUCUCAUUUGGAAGCUAUGUCCAUGUUAGUAAAACUGAUAUUGCAGCUAUAGCUAAUGGUCUUAAACUGAGCCAGACGGGGAUAAAUCUUUGCGACAACACGGAAGUUACUGAGAAAGAAGUUUCCGAAAAGAUUAACAUCCUUAUGAAGGGGGAUGGCAAGAAUAAGUUCAUCAAUGCAGUCAAGGAACUCAAGAAUACAAUGGAGACAGCAUUGGCAGAUGACAGAUCGGCUCCAAGAACUUCAUCGAGCUAUUCAAAUGAAAGCUCAAGUUAA